UCAAGCCUUUUUCAGAACUGUGGAGCGUGAUAGACAAGCUGAUGAAGAAAAUGUUUGAUGCUUUGAUUUUGUCCAGUUUGUGCAUCUUCAAUCUGGCUGGUGUGUUCGGCGCUGAUGAAUUGAUGUCGAUGUCAGUGACGGAGGGAGAUUCUGUCACUUUACCCACUGUUGUUACUGAACUAAAGGAAGAUGAUGUGAUACUGUGGAAGUUUGGACCUAAAGACAUUCUUAUAGCUCAGAUCAGUUCAAAGGAGAGUGAGAUAUAUAAUGAUUCUGAUGGGAGACAUAGAGACGGACUGAAGCUGGACAGUCAGACCGGAUCUCUCACCAUCACAAACAUCACAAGCACCGAAUCUGGACUUUAUAAACUUAUCACCACUAGAACAGACACCCCGCUUAAGAAAUUCAACAUUACGGUGUAUGCUCGUCUGCCCGUUCCCGUCAUUACCAGCGACUCUCAACAAAACGUUUCAUCACCAGAAGACUCUUUAAGCUCUAAAUGUGUGUUGUUGUGUUCAGUGAUGAAUGUGACACAUGCGAGUCUCUCUUGGUACAAAGGAAAGGAUUCACUGUCCUCCAUCAGUGUCUCCAAAUUCAACACCUCCCUCUCUCUACCUCUGGAGCUGGAGUGUGUAGAUGACUCAUACAGCUGUGUGGUGAACAAUCCCAUCGCCAACCAGACUCAACACCUCAACAUUACUGAUCUCUGUCAGCCGUGUGCAGAACACUGUUGUGGUAGGACUGAAGCUGCGAUCCGAUUGGUCAUCUCGGGACUGGUGAGCUUGGCUAUCGUGGCUGUACUGGUUUACGACAUCAGUUACUGAACUGUUCAACAGAGGAGGGAGCGAACAUCAACAUAACAGUUAUAGUCAGAUGUCAUAUAGACAUCCCGAAGAUGUCUGUAAGAUGUUUAUGAUUUUGACUGUAUGUAAAACUGCUCUUUCUUUAUGCUUAGCAGAUGUUUUUACACAUCAGAUGUUUUCCAGAUGUUGAGCAGCAUGCUACAUGCUUCAACUUGUUUCAUUUCUGUCAGCAGUGUGUUUACGUUCUGCCUUUUUCUAAUGUCACGGCAAUAGAGGAAAGGAGUUAUUUAAAAAAAAUGGCCAAUGAGGUAGAAAUGGUGUUAGUUGCAAAAGCAAGUGAUAGUGUGCCCACAUAUGUGUGACCGACUUACUGUAGAUUCUAGGUCUGCCAUGGUCAAAGACCAAAAGUUAACUGAUGGCACGCGAUGCAUCGCUGAUAGAUAAAGCCCAUCUACCACCAGAGCAAAUAAGUAGGUGUAGAUUUACCUGUUUAGUAAAUAGACUAGUGUUUGAUUAAACGCUCGUGGCUAACAAGUAUAUUUAAAGCAACAAGGUAUUAGUAUAAAGGCACUUAAAACCCUUGAUAAAAUUCAGGUGUUGCUUGACUACAUGGGUCAAGAAGAUGAGAACUUUACUGAUAAAAAGCCAAACUCUGCAAAGUGUGCUGAUAAUGAAAAGAUAAAGUCCAGCACCCCAGAGCAGAAAACCACACGACUGCUUCAUUAUCUGAUUGAAAAGAAGGAAAGGAGAUCUACAUUUUCUCAGCACUUGAUAGUAUAACUGCUUCUUACAUAACCUAUGUAAGUUAUAUUGAAGCACAUAUAGUAAGUGAAGAACAGGCUUGGAUUUAACUUAUCACAGAUUCAAUUCUUUAAUUAGUUUUAUUCAUGACAGUAAACUGAGAAAUGGAUUAAUGAGUCGCAGAACAAAGGGUCUUCCAAACCCACCAGUGUAAAUGUACAUGGUCUGCCACUGCUAGAAUGAUCAGUUGUCCUUUCUGUCUUGUAGCUCUGUUUAGGGAUCUUACUUUUCUGACAUCGCAGUUUAUUGUCCUGGUCACAUCAAGUGCUCGGUCUCCUUGCAGCAGGCCUAUUACAUGUUCACACAAAUGAGCAGAAUAGACAUUUUUCUUCUGUUGUUUUUCAUAGUCAGUAGGAAGUUCUCUUUAACUUCUUAGAAUCCAGGCCAUUUUUUAUUUGAUCAAAUUUGUAGCAUGAAAUCAAAUUUUCCUGAACUUUUUUAUUGCAAAGUUUAAAAAUCUGCAUAUCCAUGUAUUUACAUCUUAUCAAGCUCAGUUGAUUUUUAACAGGCGAUGUUUAAACUAGUUCAACAACGUAUCCGAGUUGUUAAAGUUUUCACUAUCCAUCCAUCCAUUUUCUACCGCUUUAUCCGAACUACCUCGGGUCACGGGGAGCCUGCGCCUAUCUCAGGAGUCAUCGGGCAUCAAGGCAGGAUACACCCUGGAUGGAGUGCCAACCCAUCGCAGGGCCAGUUUUCACUAUUGUGUUUGAUUUGAGUUUUUUUAUAUUUUAAAUUAGCUUUUAUUUUUAGAUUAAUCCUUUAUAUGUUAAUUUUAGUUAAAGUUCUAGCAAUUCUGCUCCUGUGAUUUUAUAAAUUGUUUGUGUAUUUUUUAUGUUGCUAAAUAAGAUUAAUUCAUUUUAGUUUUAGU